GAUGGCAUUUGCGGGGUCGGUCUGGAAGAGGCCGUGAAGAAGUUGCAGGACGCAGGCUACCUGAGCAAUCCUUCCCGUUGCCCUUCCUGUGGCCGUGGCAACUUGACCGACCUCUUCCGGUACGGGAAGAACCAGGACUUGGUGGGACGGAAGUGCACGCAGUGGGACUGCCGUGUCAGGUUCAAUGCGUUGAACUUCAGCCGGGCGCUGCCGGAUCACCUGGGCCGAAGCUUCCGUGCGGACCAGCUCUAUGCCGCCAUCAAGAUGUAUACCGACUCCGGAGUCGCGAGGCCGCCCACGCCCGCAGAGGCUGGAAAGACUUUGGGCCUCUCCAGCAAAGGUCCACGUCGUCUCUUUGCUGCUCUCCUCGAGAAGGAAGCCGCGGCUGGAAAGCAACUCUCCCAGAGGUUGGUCUUGCGGAACGAGGUAGAGCUUGACUGCACAUCUGUGCGGACCCUUCGCAUUGCACCGCGUAGCCACGCAUACGCCGGCUACAUCGAGAAAUGGUUGGCCAAGCACCCAGGCGAACGUCGACCUCAACACUUCCUGCACUACGUGCGCGUGCUGGGCGCCACACAGAGGGGCACCAACAAGCUGGUCCUUCGCCUCUUGCCCGUCAAGCUGGUUGCACAGCAGGCCAAGCCGCCUGUCGAGUCUGUGGAUGAAGUCCUCGACUCUGGUAUCUUUAACCGCAUCGCCCAGGGAACCAAGUUGUACUCGGACGGAGCCUUUGCCUACCCCGCAGCAGUGAA